AUGUACGGUCUUCUAUUACAAUCAGCUAUUGAAAUAAUACGAGCAAAAUAUGGACAAGAAACAUGGGAAAAAAUUAAAACAGCACUUCAUCUUGAUCUGAAUUCAUUUUCAGCAUUUCAACAAUAUGGUGAAACAUUAAUGGUGCGAAUUACAAAACUUUUAAGUGAAAUGCAUAAUGAACCGAUCGGUGAAAUUAUGGAUUUAUUCGGUCUUGAAUUUGUUUCUUAUAUAUCAAAUUAUGGUUAUGAUCGUGUAUUACGAAUUCUUGGACAUAAUAUGCGAGAUUUUCUUAAUGGUUUGGAUAAUUUACAUGAAUAUAUGCGUUAUACAUAUCCUCGAAUGCGUCCACCAUCAUUCUAUGUUGAAAAAGAAACAGCACAAGGUUUAACACUUCAUUAUCGUAGUCGACGACGUGGUUUUGUUUAUUAUGUUAUUGGUCAAAUAACUGAGGUUGGACGUCGAUUUUAUGAUACAGCUGUUGAAAUUGAUGUUAUUAGUCAACGAGAAGAAUUUGAUGUAACACAUGUUGUAUUUGAACUUAAAUUUGAAAAUACUGCCUAUGUUAAACAAGUAACAACAGAUAAAGAUUCAUCUGAUCUUGAUUUAGCAAUUGAUUGUCAUAUUUUUUUUGAAUUAUUUCCAUUUCAUAUGGUUAUAUCAGAAUCAUUAGAAAUUAUUUCAGCUGGAGAUUCUUUAACACAAUUAUUUCCAAAUAUUCUCGGUGAACUUAUUCGUGACAUAUUCAAUCUUGUUCGACCUAUUAUAACAUUAAAUUGGUCACAAAUUGUUUUACAUUCAAAUAAUGUUUUUGAAUUUUCAACUAUUGAACCAUUACGUAAACAAAAUAAUGAAAAUGAUUUACUAAUAAAUGAUGCAAGACAACAAAAUGAUUCUGAAAUGCUUCUAACUAUAACAGCUCAACACGAUAUAAAAGAAGAAUAUUUACGUCUUCGAGGUCAAAUGUUAUAUGUUCAUGAAUGGAAAGCAAUUAUUUAUUUAGCAACACCAGUUCUUGAAAAUCUUGAUGUUAUGUUUAAUACUGGUUUAUUUAUUAAUGAUCUAUCUAUGCACGAUUCUAGUCGAGAUUUAGUAUUAGCUGGUACACAACAAAGUGCUGAACUUAAAUUAGCACUUGAUCAAGAACGACAAAAAAGUAAAGCAUUAGAAGAUAGUAUGAGAAAAUUGGAUAUUGAAAUGAAGAAAACUGAUUUACUUUUAUAUCAAAUGAUACCAAAGAAAAUUGCUGAUCGACUACGAAGUGGAGAAAAAGCGGCGAGUCUUUGCGAGACAUUCGAAAGUUGUACAAUAUUAUUUAGUGAUGUUGUUGGUUUUACAUCAAUAUGUGCAUUACUUACUCCAAUGGAAGUUGUGUCUAUUCUUAAUGAAAUGUAUACAAAAUUUGAUAAAUGUCUAGAAACACAUAAUUGUUAUAAAGUUGAAACAAUUGGUGAUGCUUAUAUGUUAGUUAGUGGUUUACCAGAACGUGCACGAAAUCAUGCAGCUGAAAUUAUUGAUAUGGCAUUUGAUAUGCUUGAUGCAAUUGUAACAGUAUCAAAUCCAACAAAUGGUGAAAAAUUAAAGAUUCGUAUUGGUUGUCAUAGUGGCCCAGUUGUUGCGGGUAUAGCUGGUAUUAAAAUGCCACGGUAUUGUCUUUUUGGUGAUACAGUAACAACAGCAAAUAAAUUAGAACAAAAUAGUAAAGCACUACACGUACAUGUCAGUGAUUCAACAUACAAACUACUUGAUCGUAAAUUAUACGAUGUUCAAGAACGUCCGAAAAUGGCGGUAAAUACAAAUACAUCAAUAGGAACAUAUUUUGUAUUAAAUAAGAAAGAUCGAUCGGGUAAAGCUCUUACACGUCCGUUUCAAGCCGUUUUAGAAUCAUUGAAAAAACAAGACACUGAAGAUGCAAAGAAAAAACAAACAAAUGUUCUUAAAGGUGGAAACGUACAAAAUCCUCAUCCGCAAGCACCAAAAGAAAAUGGAUAUGUUCAACCACCACCACCUCCUCCUCAACAUCAACAUCAAUAUCAACCUCCUCCUCAACAACAAUACCAACCUCCACCCCCGCCAGCAAUAGUAGAUGAAGUUAUACAAGUACCAAUCCCUGAAUAUAAUAUCUCAGCUGCACCUAUUCAAAUACCUGUUCCAGUAAAAACAAUUCCAGUUGAUGAUCUUGCAUCACGUCUUCUACAAGAUUCAUUAGCUAAACAACCUACAUUUAACAUUGAACAACAAAUGAGACAAGGAGAAGUUAUUAGUGACCAACAAGAUUCAGCAAAAUCAUUCAAUAGACAAACACGUAGUCGAGCAUGUGUACUUAUUUAA